CUCAUUAUUACAUGCUAAUCAUUUUCAUUCGCCCCCGAGACCUUAUUGACGACAUCUGACAGGGGAUUCCGACGGACGUAGAGACAAGUAGAAAAAAAAAAUUAACAGGCCAGGCCUUAAUUUGCAUCGGGAUGUUAUUCUAUUCCGGUUUGAACGCAUCUCCCUUGGUACUGGGAAACAAUAAGUGUGAUGUAGUCACUGAUGGAUUUUCCAAACUUUCGGAGGAUUUUACUGGGGUGGAAAUAGAGUGGAAUUACUUCUUGGUAUGGAAGGGAUCGGAUUUAUUCAUCUCCGGGAAUUUCGGAGCCGGUGAUGAUAUGAGACUGUUGGUUUCACCUGAGGGCAAUGAAUCAAAAUUCAUUCAUGCACUGGCUGAUAAAGAAUCCGUGACGGCUGUCUCUGCAAGCCAAAAAAUUUGGCAGUACAAAAUUUACGAAGAUCGGUGGAGAGAAGUAGACAAUUUUUUACCCAGCAAUGAUGACAAUUUACAGGAAUUCGUCAGGAGGAUUGAUAAGAAUAGUUGCAUUGUCGCUCUGACAAAUCUAGGAAGACUUUUCAAUGUUCCAAACUUGGUCGACAUGCCUAAGAGAGUGAAAUUCGUGGAUGUCGCUUGUGGAUUCAACCAUUCGAUUAUCCUCGCUGAUAAUGGGGAUGUUUACUCUAUGGGAAUGGGCACGAGAGGACAGUUGGGACAUGGUGAUCUAGAAGACUGCGAUGAGCCAACGUUGAUCGAAGCAUUGGCUGGUUUAAAUAUCACCCAAAUAGCUGCUGGAGGCUGGCACAAUGCUGCGCUUACCAGUGAUGGUGACUUGUACACCUGGGGAUGGAACACAAACGGAGAACUUGGAAUUACAAGUGAUCAAAAGGUGAUAGCCUUGCCUACAGUCGUUGAUUUCAAAACUGAAGACGGAGAUAUUGUGAAUGAACACAUAAAGAAAGUCCAGUGUGGAAGCAAUUUCACGAUAUGUUUAUCAGUCGACGGAAUGCUGUGGGGCUCUGGCUCCAACAAAUAUUGUCAACUAGGCCAACGCCGGGGAGAUGUCGAAUGCGCCAAGAAUUUUAUCAAGUUGAAGACUGAUUUUGAAAUUAAAAGAAUUCUGGAUUUUAGCUGCAGUGAAUGGGGAACUGUAUUGAAUGUCGAAUAAAUCACUUUUUGAAAUAUUA